AUGGCGGACGAUACCAUCGACGACACGCCACAGCUCUCAGCGACCGAGUCCAGCGAAGAUGAAUCAGAAGGAGAACUCGUCGAGACCCUCAUCGCUGGCAGGGAGCGACGGAAGACUGCUGGGAAUCGCUAUGACAGGGACAUGGUAUUGGAAGAGGUGGCGGAUGUGGACGACCAAGACGAGGUCACUUUGUUAUUUGCGGGCAACGACGAGGAGGAGGAGGAGGAUGAGGAAUUCAGAAGUGGUGACGAGGAUGACGACGCCGACAUGUCUUCUAGCGAUGAUGACGAUCAAGGUCCCAACGCCGCAACGGAUGACUUCGAGGGAGAGAAGGAGAUACAAAAGCAGGCCAAAGAGGAACGAGCAAAGAAACGGAAAGCAGAUCUAGCCCUUACGAGCGUUGCGGGCAUGAGGAAGAAACUCAAGACCGAUCCUACAAAGCCGACUGUAACAUCUGUUGCACCGAAACCAUCCAAGAAGAAAGAGCGAGUUACAUGGGUUCACGAUCACGAUUCCGGUCGAAGUUCUUUGCGCAAACAAACAAUCGCCCACCGGGCCGAGACCAUUGCCCGAUUAAAAGAGAGCGAAGCCCAUAGCAAAAAACUGAAAGCGCUCAAGGAACAACGGAAAAAGGAAAAAGCAAGCGACGCCCCCAAAGAACUUACGCAGGCUGAUCGGUUGGCCGAAGCAGCAAGGGUCGAGCGACAGAAUGCCAAGAGCCUAAACCGUUGGGAGGCCAUGGAAAAGAAGAGGCAAGAAGAGCUGGCAGCAAAACUCGCAGCUCUCAAGGACAGGAAACUUGAAGGUCCAGUUGUCACCUGGUUAAGUGCCAAGGCCAAAUGGGUUGGGCCUAAAUUGAACAAGAUCGGUACGAGAGACGCUACAGAGUUCCGCGAAGGGGGAACAGAGACGAAGAAGCGUGGGAGGAAGUCGAAAGCCUACCUCGAGCAACUGGCCGCAGAAAAGAAUGCAGAGUCAAGGGGAUCUGGAACAGUACAAACAAGUACUGUGGUAACCGCGGAGGCACCACUCCCUGUCUCGAAUCAGCCGAAGGAGCCCGUCCAGGAAACGGUGACGACCACGACUGUUGCUCCUGUUCCGGAGGAUGCGCAACCGCAAAUCCCGCUCACUGCCCCGCAGGAACAUGUGGACACUUUCUUAAAAGGCAUACAUGAGUAUGCUAAUAUGCAACCGGACAGCAACCCGACGGAGAGCGGGCGAGUCAGCCCGGUAUCUCCAGACCUGGAUGCACAGCAAGCUGCAGAUGUCCGUCUGGAAACACAGCAAGGUCCUAGUGCUUUGGCGGAAAAUGGCCCGGUCCAUGUUAUCCAGGUUCAAGAACCUUCUAGCGAGGCGUUGGAAAAUGUCCCCAUUAAGCCUGAAUCACCCACGCAGCAGACGCAUAUGGCCGAAUCUACCAUGCCACGAGAGCAGACGCGACUACCCGAGGCCUCCGGAACAGCAGAGCAGACGCAACCACCUACAAACGCUGAGCAGGAAGAGCAGAUGCAGUCCUCUGGAGCCAUAGACCAAAAACAGCACACUCAGCCAGCUAGGCCCAUCGAGGAGUCCAAGCUGACCGAGAAUUCCCAAGCGAUCACGCAAACAGAGCAGGCGUUAGUUGCUGGAACCACUGCGCCAGCAGCAGCACCGGAGCCUCCAUUGGUUGAAGAAGACUCGACGCGAAAUUUGGUCAUUCUGGACAAGUUCGAGGAGCUUUCCAGCGAGGCCCGGCAGCAAUACUCCCUGUUCUACAACAACCGCAAGACAGCCAAACCAGUGAAGCACAUUCAAGAGCUGUGUUCAAUUACGAUGUUGCCUGUUCGAUACCGAGAUCGAGACACAGGGAUCGGGUUUGCCAAUGCAGGCGCGUACAAGAAGCUCCAAGAACUGAAGGAGCACAAGUUUGUAUGGAGCAGCAUGCUUGGAUGCUAUGUAGGUCGAGAAGGAGGACCGGUAGCCCGGGGAGUACCAGAAGGAUGGGGUUGA